AUGAAUUUAUCUUCCAUUAAUUUUAGACAAGCGGCUUUGACUAAUUUGAAAAAAGGCGAUCGUAUAAUAGCUCAGAACACAAUAUUAGAUAGAAAUGUAGAAGAAGUUGAUAGUUUGCCGGAAUUAGAAAGGGAGAUUGACUCCACUUAUCAAUCAAUAAAAGAUUUGUUGCAUGGUCGUCGCAUUGUGAAUAUAGGACAUAUUCUUUUUGAGUAUGAGAAAAUUAUUAGGCAUAGCGAGAGAUGCACUAUGGGAAGGAUGGCUUUCGUGAAAGAAACCAGAUUUGGUUUGAUCUCGCGACUUCAUUUCUUUUGCGACAAUUGUGAUGAAUCGAUGAUAUUGUGCACCGAUCCGUCAAACAAAGAUAACGAUUUGUCUAGUGCCGUCGUGUGGGGCAAUUUAUCUAUAGGUAUUGGCAAAAACCAAUGCAAGGAAUUGUUUGCGGUGAUGGAUAUUCCUUUCAUGACACAAAAAACGUUUAUUCGUAAAACUUGUCAAAUAAAAAAGAUUUGGGAAAGAAAAAUGCUCGAAAAUAUGUUGCAAGCUAGCGAAGAAGAAAAAAAAAUUGCCAUUGAAAAAGGCAACAUAAAUGCUGAUGGAACACCGUUCAUAACAGUAAUAGUAGAUGGUGGAUGGUGCAAACGAAGCUAUGGAUUCAAUGCGGCUUCUGAAGUUGUGAGUGCAAGUUUACUAUUAUAA